AUGGCAAGUUUUCAGGGUUCCUAUACUGUUUCUGUAAGCUAUUGACUGACAUUUUUGGCUGUACGAUCUUUAUAGGAAAUGUAGUUCACAGAGUUUUUGACCGUUUGUUGUGAUUGAGAACGGAUUUAAGUACUCCACUUACUUAUGUUAAGUUUCCAGUAGGAUUUAAAUAGCAGAUGUUUAAAACAAAUAUUGUUUCUUUUUUUUUUUUCUUCUUUACAAGUACUGCACUCUAUACCUUAAAAAGCCUGUGUCUGUACUCUUUGUAAAUUGUUGUCUGUGUCUAUUUAGGAGGAUGAGUGUGCAGGAUGUACAGACGGCACUUUUAAAGGAUCAAGACAUUUCACAUGCGCCCCAAAGAAAGCACUUUUUGUAAAGUUGAAGAGUUGCCGGCCAGACUCCAGAUUUGCAUCUCUUCAGCCUGUGUCUAACCAGAUUGAGCGAUGCAACUCUCUAGGUAAUUCUAGUUCUUGCUAAAGAUAUUCUAUGAAAUCACCCCGCUUUCUUGUAGCUAACAUAUACAGGGUGUUAAAACUAUAUAUGUUAUUGCUUUAAGAAGAACACGUUUAUUCAAUGGCUUUUAUCAAAUAGUUUAUUCACUAAAUAUUGAAUUUGAAACUGAAUUACAAAAUCUAGGCUCAAAUAACUGAUCUGGAAAAAAUCUGCUGUAGUCUUUGCUUGGCUCUUUGGCCGCUAGUUAUGCAAUUCAGUUUUCAAGUUACCGUGAUUCACUGUUUAGUGAAUGAACCCCAACAUGAUUUUAAUUUCCCUAGAAUUAACGAAUGUACACUUUACCUUAAUCUUUAUAAACACGUUUGCCUUGAAAAGUGCAGAUUUUUACAGUAGAUUGUCAUUGUUUUAGGAUUUUACAUAUUCCAAAAAUGUUUAUGCUAAAGUGAAUUAUUUGUUGUGCAGCCUUCGGAGGAUAUUUGAGUGAAGUAGUAGAAGGGAACACCCCUCCAAGAAGUGAAAAAGAAGGACUUGAAGUCAUGAUAGGGAAGAAGAAGGGCAUUCAGGGACACUACAACUCCUGCUAUCUUGAUUCAACGUUAUUCUGGUAAUACGGGGGAAAAAGCACUAAUGCACUAGACACAAAAAAAAUAUCGAAUUUAUUACUUUUUUUUUUUUCAUCUUUCCCUACAGCCUAUUUUCCUUCAGCUCCGUCCUGGACUCUGUCCUGUUAAGGCCGAAAGAGAAAACUGAUGUAGAAUAUUACAGUGAAACACAAGCACUACUAAGGACGGAGAUUGUGAAUCCUCUUAGAAUGUAAGAAAAAUAGAAAUCUGUCAUUUUAAGAGGAGUAUCUCAUAACCAUUGUAAAUGCUGUUCCAGUGUUGCUGGGCUGAUAUGGGUGGUUUUAGUGGGCAGGAUCAUGAGGGCAUUGGCACAAAAUUCAAAAUCAAAAGCCUUUUGAUGCCGAUACUGUAUUCUCUUUGUUACAUUGGAGCUUACAUAUACACCCUCACAAUGCAAAUACAUGCAGCGGAGUGAAAUAUUUUUCUUUAAACUCACAUUUGUUGUUAGAUGCAAAUAUCAGUAUUUAGGGCGAAAUAGUUGAUAUGGAAACAUUCUCCAAUUUGGUUAUAGUCACACGUAGGCUAUUUUAAGCUUAAUUUCGGUUUUCAAUCCACUUCAAUAUUUAGUGAAACAUGGAAACUAGAUGGGUAAGUGCUAUUGAAAUCGUCGAAGUAUUUAUGAUAGUUGUAGUGUUCAAAAUAUGUAAAUGUCACUCUGAUGCUCCAAUUUCUAUAUGUUAAAAAUUUAAAUAAAAUUUAUUUCUAUUUUAUUGAGUUAAAAACCAUUGAGACCAGAAAUAAAACCAAGAAUUUGUGUAAAUCUUUAGGAUAAAUUGGUGGAGUUGGACUUGUUAACAACAUUAGGCAUCAACUUAAACUUAUAUUUAUUUAAAAAGAAAAUAUAAUAACGUAUGUUUGUACUCAAAACUGGCUGCUGGAUAUAAAUAUAUAAUGAAAGUAGUAGUAGUAGUAGUAGAUAAACUAACAUUAUGACCUUGUUAAUGUAUUAAAAUCACUGUCAUGGGCACAAUGAUUAGCAGCGUCAUGAGCCCCAGUCAGUAUUCUAAAUACAAAUCGAACCAGGAUUAAAACCCAUAACAGCUUUUUGUGGACUUGAUAAGUAUUGCUCUACUGGCAACAGAGGUCCAUCCUUUGAGACUUGUGAAAGGGAAGCUCUGUUUAGAGCAGGGUUGGGAACUACAUUUCCUUAAUGCUCUUACAGCUGUGAUGCUGGUAAAGCAUCAAGGGAGAUAUAGUCCACAACAUCUAAAGUGUCAAAGAUUGCCUAUCCUUGAUUUAGAGAAUCAAAAGCCAGGGUUUUUUAUGUUUUACAUACAAUAUCAAACAUAAUAAGUACAUUCAAGAAGCUCUGGAUGCAUCUAAUAUAAUGCUUCCAAAUGGAGAGGGUAAUGCACACACAUUUAUAUAAGGAAUACUCCCAUCAGGGUGCUCAAAACAGUGAGGGUCAGGUUCCUAGAAGAAUCAAGUAGUAAUAGUUUUACGUAUCUGAUGGUUUCUAUAAGAAAGCUUGACAAAGGCUCAUGUAGUAGAUGAAUCGGAGUCUUUACUUUUGUACUUUGUACUCAUAAUAAAGACUGCUUUCUGAAAGUAACUAUCAGGUGUGCCCAGAUAUUUAUACCUAUUACCAUUGGAUUAUUUUAGAAUGCUUGUCAUAAGUGACAGGAAAGAGAUAUUUCCUCUAUUUGCUAAUGGUGUUGUUUGUGUGUAGGCUUUGGUGCCAUUUAUAUAGUUCGAAUCACUGACGUGUUUAAUCACUAAAGCGUAAAUUAUUUUAAAUAGUAAACCAAAUUGAAAAUUCAGACUAGCUUAUCUGCAUAUUUCUUGUAGCUGAUUUGAUUACGUUUUAAAUGCACUACAUGUGCGUUUUAAUGAAUAAACUCUUUUUGGCAUUGUAUAGAAUUUUAUUCCAAAAAGAUGAUUUAUUAUUUAACCUGAUCUAUUAUGGCGUAGUUAAUUUGUCGAUCACUUUAAAUCUGUUAUGUUCUUCUUCUGUAGUUUCCUGUUAAUUGCAUAGUAUCUCUUCACUUUUAAGAAAAAAACUUGCACACCGUUAAUUAGGUUUUGUACAAAGUAUAUUAGACCAUUAUAAAUGUGGUUGUGUUACAGUUCCUUUAAAUGCCUUGGUAUAAAAUAUUUCCUCUUGUGUAUUAUUUCCAGAUAUGGAUAUGUCUGCGCUACCAAAAUUAUGAAAUUGCGAAAAAUUCUGGAAAAAGUAGAGGCUGCGUCAGGAUUCACUUCAGAGGAAAAAGGUUUACUUUAUCUGUGUACAUGAUUUCAUUUAUGGCAAUCCUACUUUGUGAAUAUUUGUUUAGAAUUAAAAUCAAUCAUCAAUUUUAUAUACAUUAACAAAGCCUUUACUGGGACUGAAAGUCAAUUUUAUAUACAUUAACAAAGCCUUUACUGGGACUGAAAGUACCAAUCACACUUAACCCCUUAAGGACAUAUGUCAUGAUUCCCUUUUAUUCCAGAAGUUUGGUCCUUAAGGGGUUAAAGUGAACCUGUUUUGAAUAAUUUGUUACCUUAAAUCGAUCCCAUAAACCUCGAAUACACGAAAUAUCACAGAGAUGCAUGGUGUGUUCAGUGCAAAAUGUGAAGAUUUACUCACUUUUCCUCCGUUUCAGUGCUGCCAUCUUCAUGGUUCGUGAGUGUUAUUCUAUGUAACACCCACUUCUGGACCAUCCUCCACUCCACCUCUCCACCUUUGAUCUUUUGUUAUUUGCCCUGCUUGGGACACAUCUCCAAACUGGGCAAAUCUCUUCAGAGAAAUCAGCACGCUGGCUUCGUUGCCAGCAUGCCAGGAUUGGAACGGAGUGACGUUUCAUAACUCUGUUCCUAUACUCUCUAGCCAGUGCUAGAAGUGCCGACUAUGGAGUUUCCAUAGCAACCAUUGUGCAUGCGCUGUGGUUGCUGUGGGAGGUCUUUUCUGCAUUCUGAGGCAUUGAAUGACAGCUGUUAGAAAAACCUAUUUUAAAUAGAUUGUUGUCCUAAUCUAUACAUUUGCUAGCAAAACUGCCUGUGCAAUGUAUAGAUAAAAUCUUAAGCUCAAACUACUUAGUAUACAUUGUUUGGGGUGUAACAGGUACUCUUAGUCUGAAUAAAUCUGACUAAAUGAACAUUCAUUUUCUACAGAUUUAGGCCUUACAAAUUCAGUUAACAGUUGCUAAUACCUUGAAUUGUUUUUUUUUUUUUCCUGGCCUAGGAAUUUUUUUGGGGGGAGAGGGGGGCAAAACAAAUCAUUGACCUUCAAUGUGAAAUAAUGCUGACUAUCCCAAAAGCUUUUUUUCAGAGUUAUGAAAGUUUUUGAGGGAACAAUUUUAAUAACUCAAAAGUAUUUUGAAUUGGGUAGCUCUUUAUUGAACAGAUAAUGAACUCUCCAAAUGCACCAUUUUAGAGUUGUAUAAAAAAAAGUUUAGAGGAGACAAUGUAGGCACUGUAACUGCUUUUUUUUAUAGUACAUUUUGUCCCAGUCCUGCCCUUUUGAGAACUUUUAACUAUUUUUUUUCCUUCGUAAAAAAAUGCAUUAAUUUUUUUUUUUUUUUAAACUUUUUUUUUUUUUAUUAAGAACCAAUUAAGGCAUAUUUAUGUCAAAGAAGUGGUCUGGGUGCAGUGUUCUUUUCAGUAUGACCAUUCAAGCUCUUGUGCAGAAACUGCAAAGAUUACAUGUAAGGGUUAAAAUCACCUCCAGUGACUGUUACACUGACAGCCACUAGAGGACGUUCCACUGCACUGUCUGAAAAAAACUGUCACGUGACGUGGAAGGCCCCAUAAUCCAGUAUUUAUUCAGUGCUGUCCUAUGGGAAGAUUGGAGGCACGUGGCAGUGAGGGACAUUGGAUUGGAACACCUGUGGAGGCCAUGUCUCCUCCGUGACAUCAAAAGAGGCAGAGAGGUAUGUAGCGCUGAGGUAGCCUUGGCAAUAGAAAAAGGUUAUUUAAACUUUUAUUGUGUACAUUUUUAUGUGACACAAGAGGAGAGGGUGGGGAGUGGGGAGGUGGCACCAAUAUAACAGGGAACAGAGAUGAAAGGUUUGUAUUCCUAAUGCUUUAGUGUUUUUUUUAAAUGUUUCUUUUUAACAGUACUUUUCUUUCCUGGUUUUCUUUUUUUUUUUCUCUCUCAUUUGCUUACUUAAAUUGUGUAAUUUGAAAGAUGUUAGGUUUACCAUUUUUUUUUUUUCCUCUUCUCCUCUUAAACAGACCCAGAAGAAUUUCUGAACAUAUUAUUCCAUCACAUACUACGAGUGGAUCCUCUGUUAAAAAUAAGGUAUAAUUUUCAUUCAGAAGUGACUGUUUGGGCAUGACACAUUCUAGAAUAGACCUUUUUCUAGUGAAUGAUUGUCGGACCACGCAGAGGUGUCCAUUACUCUGGGAUCCUUUGCGUGGUGUCCCCAUGGACAUGGAAAUUUAAUACAUCCUUACUACGCGACUCAGAGGUCACGGAGCAGAUCCGUGCUGAGAUAUUAGAGUUCUUUACCACAAACGACACCCCUGAACUGAGGGCAAGUACCAUAUGGUCGGCCCACAAGACAAUAGUGAGGGGAUGUCUCGUUCGACUAGGAAGAAAGUCCCAAACGCUAGAAAGCUUAGAACACUAGAACAAAAGCAUCAAACGCACCCCUAGGCAGCUACUUUUAGUCUAUUGGAUGCAGUGAGACACUCCAUACGAGCGAGAGAACGAGAGGAGGACCAAGUGCACAGAUUCUUGAAUGACUUGGGACUGCCCAAAUUACCACAAAAGGUUCCGAAAUCACAGGCGUGGAGAUAUACCUGGCUAUUACCGGACUGAAAGGGAAUAAGUCUCAUGGUCCAGAUGGGUCCGAGGGGACCAACUAUAAAAAAGUUUGGAUUCCAAUAUUGUUGAAUGGGUAAGGCAGUGGCUGAGUGACAGGCAACAGAGGGUUGUAGUCAAUGGAGUAUAUUCGAAGCAUGGGCUUGUCACCAGUGGGGACGAGCCCAUGCUACUUGGACCCAUUCUCUUCAAUAUUUUUAUUAGUGAUAUUGCAGAAGGUCUUGAUGGUAAGGCAUGUCUUUUUGCUGAAGAUACUAAGAUAUGUAACAGGGUUAGUGUUCCAGGAGGGAUAAGCCAAAUGGCAAAUGAUUUAGGUAAACUGCGAAAAUGGUCAGAGUUGCGGCAGCUGACAUUUAAUGUGGAUAAGUGCAAGAUAAUGCAUCUUGGACGUAAAACCCAAGGGCAGAGUACAGAAUAUUCUGAGGAAAGGGAUUCAGGGUGAUUAUUUCUAAUGACUUAAAGGUAGGCAGAAAUUGUAAUAGAGCAGCAGGAAAUGUUAGCGGAAUGCUUGGCUGUAUAGGGAGAGGUAUUAGCAGUAGAAAGAGGGAAGUGCUCAUGCCAUUGUACAGAACACUGGUGAGACCUCACUCUGAGUAUUGUACACCGGACCACGACAUGUCCUUAGCUACCAUAGUAUUAUUACCAAAGCCAGACAGAGACGUGCUACUGCCCAAAAACUACAGACCUGUAUCACUCAUAAACCACGAUAUGAAGAUCCUUGCAAAGAUUCAGGCAGGCAGACUCAACCUGUCCUGAUCGGUGCCAAUCAAGUUGGCUUCAUACCAGGCAGGUAAUUGUUUGAAAAUACCCAUAGAAAACUAGAUCUUAUAUGGAAACAGGUGGCCACACAUUUGCUUACAUUGGUCGUUUAUAUUGAUGCUGAAAAGGCCUAUGAUAGUGUCAAGUGACCAUACCGGUUUACCUUUUUGACACACUUAGGGUUCCCAGAGGAAUAUGUCACACUAAUAAAGGCCAUGUAUAGUAACGUACAGGCACAAGUACAGAUCUAAAGUUUACAACUUUACAACUGCCCUAGACAGGGAUGUCCGCUGUCCCCCCUAUUAUUCGUAAUCUCAUUAGAACCCCUUCUACAGGCGCUGAGACGAUAUCCAAACAUAAAUGGGGUCCAACUAGGAGGUAGGGAAUUUCUAGUGUCUGCAUAUGCGGAUGAUGUGCUCUUGACGUUCACAAGCCCGGUGUAAUCUAUGGCUGCUUUACGGGUGAUUCUACAGGAUUAUGGGGAAAUGUUGAGAUACAAGAAAAACAUGACUAAAUCUAGUGCCUUGCCGGUGGGAAUAGCGAUGGUGGACACGACACUAAUGCGAGACACAAAUAACAUACGCGUAGAAAACCGCUCUUUCAGAUACUUAGGGAUUCACAUAACAGCAGACUCGGAAAAAUAUCACCAUAACUACAUAUCCUUCAUGAAAACACUGACAUGAAAAAGUGGACUGAUAAACCCAUAUCGUGGAUAGGACGGAUUCAUUCAGUAAAAAUCAACGUUCUGCCAAAAAUCCUUUUCCUGUUCAAGGUGCUACCUAUACAUCUUACUGAGGCACACCUAAUACCCUUACAACAAGCCAUAGGUACAAAAUAAACGACACAGAAUAUCCAGAUAGGUUAUUGUACUGACCGAAAACGCGGGGCAGACUGGGCCUUUCCAAUUUGUAUUUCUAUUAUUUAGCCGCUUGAUUUACGCAAGUAGCGAUGUGGCAAUCUCCACCAGACGAUAGGAAAUGGGUGGAAAUAGUCACUCAUGGUGGGAGCAGACUUGCCUCAAUUCUUACAAGGAACAUAGACCCUUGCUUCGAGUAACAUGCCUGGAAAUUCUCAACUCUCUGAGAAUCUGGGACUCGUCAAAGCAAAAGUAUGGGUUGGCAUCACAUGCCUUAACUCCGCAACACAGCAUUUCUACGAGGCAUGACUGCUAGGUGCUUCUGAAACCUAGAGCAGGCAGGCCUUCAUAGGAUAUGUCAUUUAUUUCAGGGUACCGAGGUCAUUACUUUCAAUGAAUUUAAAACGGAGGCAUAUUACCUGCCGAUGUCUUUAGGCAUCUUCAGAUCAGAGAUCUUGUUAAACAACCCCACAUAAAAAUAGCAGCACACAAACCAAUGACGUUCUUCGAAAGUAUAUGCUUAUCCGAUAUUAUGCCUAAAGGAUUGAUAACGCUGCUUUACGCCCACCUCUGCUCUGAAAAAUUGCGAAGGGGGUAGACUGACAUACACUGACCAGUGGGAACAAGAUCUAGGCGAGAAACUAGAAGUAAUUGAGUGGCAGGAGAUAUGGGAAGCUUGCAAUAACACUUCUGUGUGCAUCACCCUUCAGGAUCAAUUUUUUAAAAUGAUGUUCCGUUGGUACAUAACUCCGGUAACGUUGUUUAGAAUGAACAAAUCCCCAACUGACGUUUGCUGGAGGGGAUGCGGAUCGAAGGGGACAUGUGGUGGGAAUGCCCACUUACUAUAAGAUUCUGGAAAUUGGUUUAGAAUUUGUUAGAUCAGAUGUUCUAUAUGGCCCCAGAACUGCAACCAUUGGUAUAUCUACUAAAUAGAUCCAUAGACAGCUGGACAAAAGCUUAUACAUACAAGGGCAGUAGCAUCCUCUUGGCUGAAACAGGGGAGCCCGAAUUUUGCGGGAGUGAUAACCAGAAUCAGAGAGUCACCUGAUGGAUGAUCUGACCGCUAGAGUGAGGGGAACCACUAAAGCAUUUAAAAAUAAAAAUUGGGAGAAUUGGGAGAAUAGUCCUUUGGGAACUCAAUGAGGACAGGUUGGAUGGGCUGCUUGACUACACUUGUGGCUCUUAUACACUUCUGAUGCCAACCCGAUACCAACCUGUCCCCAUGGACAGGCAGUCCUCCACUCUGGCACCCCCCUCCCCCCUCUCCUGUCCAUCGUAUACACCUGACCAGGCUCAUCAAGCUCUGUCUCCCACUUCUCCCUCCCCCCCCUUUUUUUUUUCUAUACUUUCUCUGUCCUAUCUUACUAUCUACCUUUAUCUUAAAGGACCACUAUAGUGCCAGGAAAACAUAGUCGUUUUCCUGGCACUAUAGUGCCCUGAGGGUGCCCCCACCCUCAGGGUCCCACUCCCGCCGGGCUGGAUGGCAAGGAAAGGGGUUAAACUUACCUUUUUUCCAGCGCCGGAUGGAGAGCUCUCCUCCUCCUCUCCGCCUCUUCGGUUGAAUGCACACGCGCGGCAGGAGCUGCGUGCGCAUUCAGCCAGUCUCAUAGGAAAGCAUUCAUAAUGCUUUCUUAUGGACGCUUGCGUCUUCUCACUGUGAUUUUCACAGUGAGAAGCACGCAAACGCCUCUAGCGGCUGUCAAUGAGACAGCCACUAGAGGCUUUAGAGGCUGGAUUAACCCAUUUAUAAACAUAGCAGUUUCUCUGAAACUGCUAUGUUUUUAUUAAAAAAAAUAGUUAAUCCUAGAGGGACCUGGCACCCAGACCACUUCAUUAAGCUGAAGUGGUCUUGGUGCCUAGAGUGGUCCUUUAAGAGAAUAAAUAUUAUAAAAACAAUGACUACCAAUUUGCAAACUUUAAGUGCAAUUGCAACAAAUAGAUGUUCACUGUCCUCAUACUGGCGAAUAAUUUGGAAUACAAGAAUAUCUGAUAAUAAGUGGAAUGUAUGGUGUUGUACCAUUACUAUUGUACGUUUUCACGUGUCAAAAAAAAAAAAAAAGACUGUUUCGGAGUGCAGUGUACAUUAAACGGUUUCUGAAGCAAGCAGUAUGGCAAAAGAAUCCUAGUUUUCAUAUGGUUAUUUACUUACCCAUGAAUUGUUUGAAAGGCACCACAGAAUCCUGAAUUUUAGGACAAAAUAGCCAAAACGGAAGAAAAUCUCCAAGCUAACUAUAUAUCUAUCCAGACUAUUUUGGCUUUAAAUUUGUAAUUCUUUGCUAAAUUCCUGACAGUGCUUCAUCACACUUUAUGAAUAAUGCCAGAUUUACUCUUUAACUAGGAUUGUAUGCAGAAAUGGCAUUAUGGAGUAAAAAGAGCCUUUGGACUCUCCAGUACCCAGUUUUUCCUCUGUACUACUGCCAUUGCCUGACCAUAGUAAUGCCCUUUUCAAAUACUACUGGUUUUGGUAAUAUAGUAAUAAAAUGUGUCAAGUGUAUAAUUCUGUGGGCUUACAGAGACCCAGCUGUGUGCUGGCCUACGGUGCAUAAUAACAAAUUUGUUUAUUUUUAAGAAUUAUUUAAUUUCUCUGUGAUUCAUAAUGUGUUACCUUUUAGAUCAGCUGGCCAGAAAGUGCAAGAUUGCUAUUUCUAUCAGAUCUUCAUGGAUAAAAAUGAAAAUGUUGGGGUCCCGACCAUCCAGCAACUCCUCGAGUGGUCAUUUAUCAACAGUAGCUUAAAGUUUGCUGAGGUUUGUUAAUAAAACUAUAUUUAUAGAGGUGAAAUUACUGAAAAACAACUGAUAAACUGUUCAAUUAUACAUGUGAUAUAUAUGCUUAAAGCAGUUCACUCACCCUAACAUGGCAUGACCUCUUGAUGUGUGGUGGCCCAAGAGAGCUGCUAAUGGGGGUGUACUCCCCUUAAGCUCUCCGCAGGUCCCACCCUACUUUAUUAUGUGUAUUUUAACUACAUUAGUAUUUCAAUGAAAUUGAAAUUAGUAUUUAAAGAUGUUAUCUUUAUUAGAUAAUCAAAAGUGACAGAACUGCCUUAAACUGUCAUGCACUAUAAAUUAAAUUUAAUCUAUCACUGCUUGUAUAUAGUUAGAAAACAUACAUUUUCAUUUUACACUCUCCAGUGAGUUUAAUCUGCCUAGAGCAAUAUGUGAUCUUUUCUUGUGAACUCUGUGCUAAUACAUCCUUAAGAUCCAGUUAAAUUUGCAAUAUCCUCAGGCAGCCACUUAGUAGUAUGCAUAAGCGUGCCAUUUGACAGCUUUGUCCUAAAGUCAGUUGUUAAUUAUCCCUAACAAGCAAAUCUGGAUGUUUUCCAGACUUCCCCUGUGUGUUCUUGGUAUAACAGCUCAGUGCUGGGUCCAUGCCAUUGCUUUGUUCUCGGAACUGGGAAAAAGUUGUGUUUAAUUCUGCCCAUAAUCAUUCUUUAUUUUUAUAUUAACUCCUUGGUGGAAGUACACAUUACAUCUCCUCUUUAGUUGCCACCAGAAAAUGUACAGGGCACACCCACCAUUUAAAUGUCCCUUCAAAUAUGGCCUGCAACACCCAAUACCCUGCAUUAUAGGUAUUGCAGGCCUGUCUGAAGCAAUGGUGAAUGCACUCCUUAUCUUCUGGAUGCUAUUCAUAAGCCCUGAACUAUAUGUUUAUAGUACAGAGUUAUGUCAUUUACCGUUGAGGACCAGAGCUAGAGCAGGUGUGGGACCGCGUCUUUGUCAUAAUUUAAUUUUGCUUGGCAAUGCCAACAAGAAGUACGCACAAUAUUGACAGGGUAAAAAAUAAAUUAAAGCACUGAAGUGUCCGUGCCUUUAUUGGAGAGAUUAAAUCAACUCCAGUUGUAUGCAAGGAUGAAGUUAAUAGUUACCGUGCAGGCUGCGUAUUUAGUAAAGGUUCUAUAAAGUGCAUAGUUCGUGAGAGUGAUUCUGUAAUAAAGAAGUGGAAAAAUUAAACUAAAACCAGGGAUAUGGUGUUUUUGACAAUUCUUAUCUGAUAUGGAGCUGGUCAGCCAUCUAUUUGCAUUCAGAGCUUUUGUUAUUGAUGCACAAACUCCCUGGUAGUAAAAAUUGAGCUACUGAGUUGAUCUACAGGCAUCAUUGGUAAGAUGUAGAAGAAAAUAGGUGGUAAAUCCUGUAUUUUUUUUAUCUUCCAGGUAAAAAGCAAGUUUAUUUCCUUUGUUUUGGCAAAUCAAAUUAUGUUAAUUAAUGUGCAAAGUCUUUAUCUAAUUUUGUCCCUCAGGCUCCGUCUUGUUUAAUAAUCCAGAUGCCUCGAUUUGGGAAAGACUUCAAAAUGUUUAACAAGAUAUUUCCUUCUUUGGAUCUGAACAUUACAGAUUUGCUUGAAGACAGUAAGUAUAGCUUCCAUACAGAUGCUUUUUGUACUGUAUUUGUCUUACAAGAUACAUUUCUUUUCUUUCUUUGAAGAGAGAUAUUUACUUACGUUCAGAAGCUCCAUGAGACAUGGGGUUUCCCUAUCAUGGAGAGAACAUACUAUUGCUGUAUAAUAAGAUAAAUUUGCUCAGGCAUUUUAUGGUUGUGGCAAAAUAGCAUAGCCAUUAAAUGCCCAUGCAGUGCACAGUAAUUGAGAGCCCAUCCCUACCAGCAUGGCGUGUCCUGAUUGUUUAGGUUUUGGCAGCUGUAUGCAGCGCUACAUUCAUUAAUCCAUAGGGUCAUUUGGUUUGGAUUAGGAUUCUUAAAGGGGCUUGCAUAACCUGACAGUAAUUUUUAAAACCAGCAAGCAAACACUUUUUUUUUUAAUUGUGCAAAAAGUGACAAAAAGUGAGCAUAGCCACGAUAGCAUCUGCAGGCAUUUUUCAUUACAUUUCAAAGUGUGGCAGUUGAAACGGCAUAAUUUUAUUUUUAAUAACAUGAGGAUAACAGGCUUUUAAACAUCAGUGGUUUAUAUAUUAGCAUGCUAGACUAAACGUGUAUAUAUAACAAGGCUAGUUGCGCUGAGGCUUUUAAAUAUUUAGCAUUGCAUUGAUAAACUAACCAUAAAAGUGUACAUUCAGCGGUUUGUGAAGCAAGCAGUAUGUUUCAGAAUGGCAAAAUAAUCCUAGUUUUCAUAUGGUUAUUUACUUAACCAUGAAUUGUUUGAAAGGCACCACAGAAUCCUGAAUUUUAGGACAAAAUAGCCAAAACGGAAAAAAAUCUCCAAGCUAACUAUAUUUCUAACCAGACUAUUUUGGCUUUAAAUUCGUAAUUCUUUACAGAGUGUGGUUACACAUUGUUGACUACAGGGAAAUACCAGCAGUUUCGCCAUUAGUUUGUAUAAGCUUAAGUUGCCAAUUAGUGAUGACUGGCUAAUAAAAUAUUGCAUGUGCUAUUAGAGUGGAGACAAGUUAGGCACUACAGUAGUAAACUCUGCGAGAGGUGAAAGACAUUUUAAGAACUGUUACUCUAUGCUUAACUAACGGUCAGAGAUAAGUUCCUGUGAUAUAAUGCAUAAUGUGAAAGUCCAGCUAUAACGAGACAUGCCUGACAGGCUCCCGUCUCCAGCCUGUGCUCAUCCGAUCUCUUCCGGUCGCCGGAUGCAGUCCCCGGGAGCCCCUGUCUCCUGAGACUUCCGAGGUGUGGAUGUGACUAAGUGCCAGGUAUCUGAGUGGUAAAGUUGUGCUUUAUCAGUUGAUCGGCGUUGUCCUGGUGGGCAUGGUGCCUCUGGUCUGCUGUGGGGUUGUUGCGGCUUACAGUGGGGUGAGUGCUUGUUAUGGUGAAGGCUCUACGUUUCUGCUAGUCCCGCUGGUCCUGUUUUCGGUGUCUCUUUGGAGGGUCUCUGGUGGCUAUCAUUCUGCGUCCGCUCUUGGGGCCCGGGAGUGCCGGUGGUGUGAGUGCAAGAGUGGUACGUUUAGCUUUAGCCGGGCUCAGUGCCCUCUCCGCAAUCCUGGCCCAGAAGGCAGCAAAAAUUUCAUCUAGCUUAGUCAGGGUGUCUUUUGGUGAUUUUCCACUUGUCUCCAUGUUUGCCGACUGGUGUGUGGUAUCCGCCAUUUUGGAGUUAGGGGACUCGUGGUGAUUGCAGUCAGUGGUGGGUAUGCUACUGGUGCUGGGAUAUCCACCAUCGGCAGGGGGGGAGGGGAGAAGGAAGGCUCGUGGGUGGUCCUCCGCAGUUUUUGAGUUUGCUUUCAGGGGGUUCCGGGCCGGGCAAUCGGCCGCCUCACCCAGGCCCUCACCACCGUCCAGGCCGCUAUUCAGGCUAGUCGUCGUUGUGAUAGGCCCCAUCAGUGCAGCCCGCGUUCCUGGCGCCUCAGAGUUUCAAGAGUGACCUCUGUAUGCUCUCCCUUGAAGCCCCUACGUGGGUGCUGCAAUUUUAAACAAGUUAUUUCGAGUAAAAUAGGGUUUCAGACGGGAGCUCGUGCUGCACACGUCUGAUCAGCUCCCCAGCCAGGCUCCGCCCCCGUAAGGAAACACUUUUUACACAAACCAUAGUAGAGCAAGAAAGGUAUGUAAUUAACAUUUAGAAACUUACUAUAAACUUGGUAAGAUUUCAUUAUUGGGUAUGCUUCUCAGCUAGUGUAGUUUCUUCAGCCCCCCUUAUGUACCAUCUCAGACCAGUCCACAAAUGACAGAAACAGGACAUCAUUGUGCAGCAGCACGACAAGGAAAACAUAUACCGGAGCCUGCUGUACAUGAUCACGCUGAUCAAACUCGCUCUCUUCAACCCCUGCCAAGAUGUUGCAAAGUGAAGAGAUCUUCCAACUGCACAUGUGUAAACCUAUCAAGCAUGCUCAAUGCACUUUUCCAGCAUUCCUAGGAAUAGGACACUUGUUAGAUCACUGUCCCUUCUGCAGUGAGUGUGGAAAAUAUAAGUAAGCAGGUAAACACGAAAAUAAAAUGAUUUGCCUGCCAAUUUUUAGCUUGCAAAGUGAAAGCUAAAGCCUUAGAAUGAGACCGUUGUCUCAGAGUGAUGCAUGUCCCUUUAACCCCUUAAGGACACAUGACGUGUGACAUGUCAUGAUUCCCUUUUAUUCCAGAAGUUUGGUCCUUAAGGGGUUAAAGAACAGACCAUUAUAUCAUGACUGUUUUUGAUCUAGAAGGGGUUAAUAUGAUUCCUGGCAACACCCUGGAUCUCUAAUUUUGGUAUUACUACCUCAACACACCGCUGCAUCAUUGAGGCAAAAUGGAACACAGUGGCAUAAUUGAGCUUAUGGAGCAAAAUUAUGAUCAGUAAACUAAAUAAGAUGGGGGGGAGGAGGCUUCUAACUGUAACCUAAUCUGUACAUUGCAUCUGGCAGGUAGGCACCUGUAGUGGCCCUUUAAAAAAAUUGUCACUUUCUGAUAACUUUUAGUUUAAUAGUAUGCAGAAAACUUUCAAAGGAUUUUAGUAAGAUUUAUAAUGCACCAUAAACAUGUAGAUCAGGUAGAUAUUGUUGAAGUGACUGAAAUUGCAUUUGGAAGAGCAUUCAAGGUAUGGAAAUGUGUUAUUGACCUAUUCUAUGAAUUCAGCAUAUGAUGUGCAGUUUUGGGGAACUUUAAAGAUGUUAAUGAGAAGAAAACAUGAGGCAGCAAAGUAAGAAAAGCCUAAAGAAGCACAUUAUUUUGUGCUAAGUAGACGUGAGACACUUUAUCUUUGGACAAUUCCAAGUCUGGUAUAUGCAUUUAGAAUUUACAUGGAAGGCACAUUCUUUGUGUGGACCAUGUUACUGUAUGCUGCCAAUAAACAAGGGUAAUUUAUUGCCUUGAGAUAUUAUAAAUGAAGAAAUGUUAAAUGCCGUAGGUCAGAGGUGCCCAAAAGGUAGAUGCCUCAGAUGUUGCAGAACUACAACUCCCAUGAUGCUUUGCAGGCCUUUGGAAUGACAAAGAAUAAUCGAAGCUGAAGUUUUUAAACAUCUGGGGAUCUACUUUUUUGGUCACCCCUGCUGUAGGUAUUUCUCUGCUGAAAAUGCAGGGAGUAAGCAAAAUGCUGAUCAAACUUUUAUUUGAUGGGUAAAGAGGUCAAAAUAAUAUGUAUUGAAAUUAACCACUUAUGUAAUUUAAAUUAAUUUAGGACCUAUGGCAUUUGACAUUUCAAAUCAGAUUUUCCUAACACUGACUUUGAAAUGUUUAACUUACAUACCUUUGCAAAUAUGAUUUGUUAGAAUGUUUGUUACAUUUGUUUUAAUCAUUACCCUUUCCUAUUCUUGUAUUUUUCCAGCUCCCCGGCAGUGCCGGAUCUGUGGAGGACUAGCAAUGUAUGAAUGCAGAGAAUGCUACGAUGACAGUGAUAUUUCUGCAGGAAAAAUUAAACAGUUUUGUAAAACUUGUAACACGCAGGUAUGUGAUGUGUACAUUGGAGGAAUGCCCAGUAUAACUAAAAAUCAUGAACUAAAGAGUUGCUAA